AUGCCAAUGGGCAAUCUGGAAGAAGAUUUUAAACUAGCAAGGAAGUGCUUACUUGAAUUUGAUAAUAAAAAUUACAUUGCAGAAGAGAGUGCUAUAGCAGAAGAUAGUAAAAAAGAGUCAAAGACGUUAUUGUUUUCAGUGGAAUAUCACUUGACAGAUACCGCAAGUUUUGUGAAGAAAACGGAGCAUACACUCAGUAGUAUCAGGAGGAUAUGGUUUCUUGAUAGAAAAUGGGAGCAAAGGCUUCCGGUUCAUAACGAAUUGGAUAUGCCGUUUAUGAUAAUAGUGAGUACUGUACUGAUGUCGCAGUCGUACCAAGGAGUUCCGCCAUAUGGGCCUGCGUUAUUGCAGCCAAGAAUGAUUGUAGAAGUGAGAAAAACGGAGGAACUCGAAAGUUUGCAUAACUUGGCAGGAGAAUACUUUCCUGCUUCUACACAGACAAAUUUUAUUGGAAUAUAUCAAUAA